AUCUCGGUCCCGCUCUGAUCGCCGUUCCUCCUCGCACCCGCACCAUGGCCUCCCUCGAUCCUUCAGCGUCGGCAGACAUCGGCGAGCCGACCGGAAUCCAGCUGCAAGUCCUCCAGCUCCAGCGUAGAAUCCAGAAGUUCCUGGAUGAUACCACACCGCACACCGCCCCACGCUGGAUUUUCACCGGAUUCGUUGCCGCUGUCUAUGCCGUUCGUGCCUUCCUCAUCAGCGGAUGGUACAUUGUCACCUACGCCCUAGGUAUCUAUCUCUUGAACCUGUUCUUGGCAUUCCUGACGCCAAAGUUCGAUCCUGCUACCACGGAGCUCGACGACGAAGCUGAUGGCGAAGGCAUGUCUCUGCCUACUAAGGCAGAUGAAGAGUUCCGACCCUUUGUGCGUCGGCUUCCCGAGUUCAAGUUCUGGUACUCGGCCACGAAGGCGAUCCUGAUCGCCUUUGUCUGCACGUUUAUCCCAUUCUUCGACAUCCCUGUCUUCUGGCCGAUCCUCGUUAUCUAUUUCUUUAUCCUCUUUGGCUUGACCAUGAAGCGCCAGAUCAAGCAUAUGAUCAAAUACAAGUACGUCCCUUGGGACUAUGGAAAAAAGAAAUAUACCGCAGGCUCUCCUCCCAAAAAUAACAAGUAGUGCGUCCUCGUGAAGCCAGUAGACUCGUGAAGCUUGUUGGCACCGUCACCGUUGCGACUAAAUGAAUAGAGACAUCAUUUGGCCGUUGGCCGAACAUUCCAUCGACCACAUCUGUUCCGCAAUGGACAACAUUGCGCCAAGCGGUCCCAGAGAACAGCGUGCCCGUGGGCUAUAUCCAUAGACGCUGUUCUGUUAGUCAACCCCAGAUCGCAGAUGUGAAUCAGUGUGGGUGAGUGCGUGGAUGAAGGUGGAUUUAAUGCGUUUCCAAAAUGAAAUGGGACACCCCGUUGAGCCAUGACAGUGGUUUUUUCUGGAACCUGAAUACACCCACCCACUCAUUGCAAUCAUGGC